AUGGACUACUCUAGUAUUCAAAUGCCUACACCCCAGAUCGUCACCCAGUCUUCUACUACCUCUACACCUCUUAAUGCUACACGGCAGCCUCCCGCAUCCCCUCAAAAGAGAGGCUCGGGCAGUCCAAUGAGCAACAUCGAACAAUCAGUAACAAAGUUAUUGGUAUGCACCAAGCAACUUUUAGAAGGGUUAACUGCCUGGAGCCAAAAGCGAACAACGGAACAACAGGUAUCAGACAUAUACGUCAAACUGAUUGGAGAAUUCCACGGGCUCCUCUACACUUUCGAAAUUUUCAAAACCAGCGACUUAAAAGACAUACCCGAAGAACUCCGUAAAUGCCUUGAAAAAGCCUUAAGCGAGGAAGCAUCCCCAGAAUCCCUGGAACAGUACCUUCCUCAAAUCCGUGACGUUAUAAUUUCUCUCCUUCAAGGUCUUAAAGCUAACCAAGCCCUAUACCGACAAAGAAUGGGGAUUGCGGAAACAACUCGACUAACGCGGCAAAUGACAACUGGAAGUAUGUCAUCUGGAUCUGCAUCUGGAUCUGGGCCCUCUCGAACGUGGUCAUCGCCGGGCUCGCUGCAAUCGGACGCUGAUCUAUCAGAUACUUCUCAAAAUUCUGCUCUAAAACGAAACAUAAGCGCACCGUCAAGGAAUAAUUUGGUUGGUACUUCUGAUCCGCUUGCUGCGUUGAAGAAGAGUGAUGCAUUGGAAAGACGAGCCUCAAAAAGGCAGUCGGCAUACGUGAUGAAAUCAACUAGGGACGCAAGACGAGGUGGUGUAAGAGGUCCACAAGAGAUGUAUGGGAGAUCAAUUGGACCAAGGAUAUUGGAGGUUAAAGCUAUGGAUAACUUUGAUGAUUCAACGAAAAAGGUGUUGACAUUGUUUCUUCAAGUUGGAAAACAAGUUAAGAAAGUAUUCUACGAUGGAGACAUAAGUAUCCCAGCCUUAAGAAUGUUGUUUAUCGAAAAAUUCGAAUAUAAUCCGGGUUUAGAUGAUUUCCCAAAUAUUUACAUAAAGGAUUCCAAAUUGGACUUACUCUACGAAUUGGAGAAUCUGGAUGAAGUAAAAGAUAAUUCAGUCUUGGCGUUAAAUAUUGAAACUCUCGAACAGGUUAAGAAACAUUUUGAUCAGAGUAUUGAGAAUCUUACAAAGGAGAUUCGAGAUAUUAAAAAGUCCUUCACUGAGAAUACUGAGUUAUUGCGUCGUGGAAGCGUAUUGCUAACAAAUGCCAAUAACCAACGACCUACCCCAUCGGAGACGCAAUUCCGAGAAAUAGCUCGUAAGAUGUUAGCUAACGUAAAAAAUAAGGAAGACAAGAAAUUACAUCAUUCUAGUAAAGAACACUUAGUAGAAAAAAUAACAAACGAAUUACGCUCUCAGUACGAUGAGAUCCGGAAUCUUCGUAGAGAUCUCGGUAUAAUGCGUCAGCUGUAUAAUGGCUUCCGGGAUGACACCACUUCCCUCAUACACUCUUUAUCUGAAAAAACCACAGCUAUUAAAGAAUUUGCUCUGACCAAUGUUGGUGGUGCAAGAGCUUUUAUUGACAGUGGCAAAGCUAAACUGGAUGAUAGAUCUAAAAAUCUUUUGAAACGAAUGGAUGCGUUACAAGACAUCAUAGAUGGACUGAAAGCCGAUGUCACACAACGUAAAUGGCGUCCACGUUCAUCGUCUAUGGACCAUAUUCAGAAGGAAUCGGCUGCUGUCGCUCAAGAACUUGAGUCAUUAGCACAGUAUGUCAAAACAAUUAAACCAAUGUGGAAGAAGACGUGGGAGGAGGAAUUACAGACUAUUGUUGAGGAACAGAAAUUCCUUAAUCAUCAAGAAGAACUAGUUGAAGACAUGCAGGAUGACCACGACAAAAUGUCUGAAGUUUUCAGUCACAUACUGAAGGUAGUUGAAAUUCUAUCAAAGAAAAAGCCAGAAUUCCGUGUUGCGCCACAUGAGGAAGGGUUUGAGGGGUUGAAGACUGUCAUGCAAGAGGUACGUAGCAUAUCGCCUAAUUCAGACAAACGGCUUAGAGCUUUAGAGCAAGCCGAGAAGGCACGCGAACGAGAACUUGCUAAUCGGAUAGAUGAGUUCGAAGCCGAACUGAGUGAAUUCGUAGCUCAUAAUAAACUGAAGAAGACAGGUGGUGCACAAGAAGUUGAGCGA